GAACUUUGCCCUGCUUUGAGUCAGGAAAAACAAGAGGAGUAUAAAUAGGAGGAGCCGUGCUGCAGUGAGUUGUUUUCGUCUAAAGGCAGCUCAGUGAGGAUCACUGCUGAAGGAUUUUAAGUGAACACGUCAGUGGGUCUGUUGGUUGGAGGCAUGUGGAAGGCACUUAGCCUUACUCUGGCUCUCUGCCUGCUAGCGGGCUGCAGCGCAGAGAGCGAAGGAGACGGAGCCCGCUGUAAACUCCCCCCCGUGUGGAACAUAGGAGAGGCAGAGCCCAUGAAGGAAGCUCUCGGACGGGUUACAGUGGUUGCUUACCUCCAGGCCAGCUGAUUAUUCUGCUUGGAGCAAGCAUCAAAGGUGAACGGCUUGCUCCUGAAGUUGGAGAACCAAGGCUAUGUAAACAUAACUUACAUGGUGGUAAACAACAGAGAGGAAAGGUCCCAACGGCUCCACCACUUGCUCAAGGAAAGGUUGUCUGAGAGUAUCACGCUGUACGGCCAAGACCCCAACCAGCCUGACAUCUGGCAGGCGGUAAACGCUGUGAAGGAUGACAUUUUGAUCUAUGACAGGUGUGGCCGACUCACUUACCAUCUAUCUCUUCCUUACACCAUCCUGAGUUACCCAUACGUGGAGGAGUCUAUAAGAAGUACUAAUUGUAAACGUAUUUGUGGAGAGUGCGACAUGGAGACUUCAUCUGAACUCGAGGAGUGCAACAAAACAGCAGAUGACAAACCUGAGGAGACUCGUGUAAUAGCAGAAGAAGAGCGUACCAAUGGAGAGCCCGAUCGUCACCAUCAUGGUCAUCAUGGUCACCACCACCAUCAUGGUCACCACCACCAUCAUCGGCAUCACCAAGACACACUGGAGAGGCAACCCCAACAGCAUCGUCAUGAGGGUCACCAACACGGCCAACAACAGGUUGAUGUGGGUCAAGUCCAACUCAGCCAGGUAGACUUCGGUCAGGUUGCCCUCAAUGAGCCACCAGUCAUGAAAAAGCCUUGAGCUAAGCACUUGAGGUGAAAAGUUCAGUACAGCUGACAGCAGGGGGCAGACUCUCCCUCGGUCAGCUGAUGCUGACACUGACGACAGCUGUUUUCUGAGGAGGGCAAAGGGCACUCGGCAGGUCUCUGACAGUGUGAGGAGGCACUUCCGGCCUCCUGACACUGACAGGGCCUGAGGGGGGAGGAAAAUCAGAUAAGAGAGACCUGACAGUGACGUACCGCCCCCCCAGCUGAAUGACAGCUGUCGCAGCCGAUCUGAGUCUGACCAGCAGGUACCACGAGUUGAGUGUGACAGGAGAAGUAAACUGCUGGUCAGUGCUUUGGAUUGUGCUUGCCAACUAGUAUUUACACCUCAGUGUGUGGCGGCACUGGAUUUUGAAAUUCGAUUUCCAAAUUGGGUCUUAAAAAUUAUGUUAUCAGAGUCAACUAAGAAACAUCUGAAAAGCAUAAGGUUGACAUCUUGUUAUUUGUAUUAAAUCGGUGGGGCAACAAACUAGUCCAGUGUCUGAUUCCUCCUGAGAGUGUGUCGGGUGUAGUCAUGUGAUGGUUUUUCGCCUCUAUAGGCUUUAUGUGGCUUUUAUGAAGGCAGGUGCAGAAACUAUGUCCUAGUGGUGCCUGUCAGAUGUUAGUCCACGUAGAGCGGAGGGCAAAGGCCAUGUAACAUUCUGCACUCUUUGAUAAACCCAAAAGAAGUUACUAUGCAAACAUAUUGGGUAAUAUAAGAAGUGUUUUAAUCUGAUAUUCAAAAAAGAUGCUAUUCUAUAUGAAAGUUGUAUGAAAGGUUAUUUGGAAGUAGGCAGAGAAAUUUUGAUCAAACUAGAACCAAACACUGUUUGAAUACAACAUAAAGAGAAAUCUCUGGAAUUGUUUUUUAUUUUAAUCUUGUUACUAACACUGACAUAACAUACUUUAUAUUACAGUUAAUGGAUCAUAAAGAAAUGAUGAAAACAUCUAACAUAUGCUACACAUUUAUUAAUAGUUAUUGGUAUUGGUAAAGGUUAGGUCACGGUUGGCUUGGGGAGAAUUGUUUGGAACGUUUUACAUAGGCCUACUUAAUGAAAGUUUUCUGGGAAAUGUUUUAUCACCUGGAAGACCUGAAAAAAACUGUAUGCAAAAUGUAUGUUGUGUCAAAGAAGGUAUGUGGGAAGUAUGUUUGUGACCAAGAUCAAAUCAAAUAAAGUUUUGACUUACAUGAA